UUUAUUAACACAAUAACACAACAGUGAAAAUAGUAUUUAAUUAAAAUGCCCAAUUGGAACCAAAUUCAGAGCCAGCUGAGGCACCCUGCUAACCCAGUAGUGUUUUUCGAUGUAGCUGUCGGAACCACAGAAAUUGGCAGAAUGAUUUUCGAACUUUUCGCCGAUGUAGUCCCAAAAACUAGCGAGAAUUUCAGGCAAUUCUGCACUGGCGAGUACAGGAAAGAUGGAGUACCUCUGGGAUACAAAGGAGCCAGUUUCCAUAGAGUCAUCAAGGAUUUCAUGAUACAGGGUGGUGACUUUGUUAAUGGGGAUGGUACAGGAGUAAUGAGCAUAUAUGGAGGAAACACGUUUGGGGACGAGAACUUUAACUUAAAGCACGACACUCCUGGGUUAUUAUCAAUGGCUAAUAGUGGGAAAGACACUAAUGGUUGCCAGUUUUUUAUCACUUGUGCAAAAUGUAAUUUUUUGGACAGCAAACAUGUGGUUUUCGGCAGGGUGAUUGAUGGACUUUUAGUUAUGCGGAAGGUGGAAAAUGUGCCUACUGGUCCUAAUAAUAAACCCAAGAUACCUGUGACAAUUGUGCAGUGUGGCCAAAUGUAGUUAAUAGGGGCGGAUUCAAAGACUUGUUUAAGGAUUAAUGUAAUAUGGUCUAUAUAAUGUUUAUAAGAAUAAUGUAAGUAAACAUUUUUUUAGUAA